AUGUUUCUUUAUCCCAUACCUUUGUGGGUACUUCUUCUUCUUCUUCUUCUUCUACCUUUACUACUACCUAAAAGAGGUAACAAGCAUCUUCCACCAGGUCCUCCUAAGCUUCCAAUCAUAGGAAACCUGCAUCAACUUGCAGGAUUGCCCCACCGCUCUUUAUGGCAGCUCUCCAAGAAAUAUGGUCCAGUGAUGCUUCUUCAUUUUGGUGGUGUACCUGCAGUUGUAAUUUCCUCUGCUGAAGCAGCAGAAGAGGUCCUGAAGAAUCAUGAUCUUUCUUGUUGCAGUAGACCUUCCUUAGUUGGUGCUAGAAGACUUUCAUACAAUUAUCUAGAUCUGGCUUUUUCACCAUACGGUGAUUACUGGAGAGAGAUUCGAAAAAUAUGCGUUCAUGAGCUGUUUAGCAUAAAAAGGGUGCAGUCGUUUCAGUUCAUUAGGGACGAAGAAGUUGCUGCGCUAAUUGAUUCAAUAUCUCAAUCAUCAUCUGCUGCAACCCCUGUUGAUCUUACUGAGAAGUUCUUUUCUCUCACUGCAAAUAUAACAUUCAGGCUGGCUUUUGGAACAAGCUUUGAAGCAACUGAUCUUGAGAAGGAUAGGUUUAAAAAUUUACUUGACGAUGUGGAAGCCUUGCUGGGAAGCUUUUCUGCAAAUGAAUACUUCCAACAUGUAGGCUGGAUUAUUGACAGGUUUACUGGUUAUUAUGCAAAGACAGAAAACGUCUUCCAUAAGCUCGAUACUUUCUUCCAACAAAUAAUUGAUGAUCAUCUUAAACCUGGGAAGAUGGAUAAAGAACUGGAAGACAUUGUUGAUGUGCUACUGAGAUUAGAGAGGGAGCAGACUGAAGUUGGUUCAGUUCAGCUCACAAAAGAUCAUAUCAAGGCAGUUCUCAUGGACUUAUUUGUGGCAGGAGUAUAUACUGGUGCAGUUACCCUGAUAUGGGCUAUGGCUGAGCUUGCUAGGAAUCCUGAAAUAAUGAAGAAUGCACAAGAAGAAGUUAGAAAUGUAGCGGGCAAUAGAGAAAGAGUGGCAGAAAGUGAUAUUGAUGAUCUCCAUUACCUCAAGAUGGUAAUAAAAGAAACUCUGAGAUUGCAUCCCCCUGCUCCAUUGCUACUUCCAAGAGAAGUGAUUUCCAAUUUUAAGAUAAACGGUUGUGACAUUUAUCCCAAAUCACUGAUCCAUGUCAACGUUUGGGCAAUUGGAAGAGAUCCUAACUACUGGAAGGACCCUGAAGAUUUCUUUCCUGAAAGGUUUAUUGAUAGCUUCAUCGACUUCAAAGGGCAACAUUUUGAGCUCUUGCCUUUUGGAGCUGGUAGAAGAGGUUGUCCUGCACUACAUAUGGGAACUGUAUUAAUAGAACUGGCACUUGCAAAUUUGUUAUACUGUUUUGAUUGGAAACUACCAAAUGGAGUUCAAGAUAUCAACAUGGAAGAGCAAGCUCGUCCUAGUCUUACUAUAUCUAAAAUGGAACCUCUCAAACUUGUACCUGUCAGAUACCUUGCUCAGUAGCCAUCUGAAGAUAAUGUAAGCUGAUGAGCAUUUCUUGAUUAUAAAUACUCUCCAGUUCAAUGGUUGUAAUCGAAAUAAGUCGCUUUCUGUUGCUGUAAUUGCCCUAUGGCAAUUUAUCAAUUUUGCUUCAAUUGCAAAAUUAACUAGUUAAAACAGUUGAAUACUAUUGAUUAAUUUGCCCUUAA